AUGCCAUCGCCACCCAUCUCCCCGCCAGCGGCCAAGAGACCAAAACUCGACGCUGAGCUUCCUGCCGCCCUGUCCUCCCCAUCUGGCCCAUCCAGCUCGCGCGUCAAUGGGCAUUUGAACGGCGCCGAAUCGCAAGAGCCGCCCAUUGAGGACGAGAGCGAGGACGAGGAGGAGCAGCCCGAGCCCGUGAAAGAGGAGGAGGACGUGGCCCGCCGAGACAUGUACCUUGAUACUGUGUCGCGUAGCAACCUUGACUUUGACUUUGAGCGUCUGUGCUCAAAGUCGCUGUCCACCAUCAACGUCUACGCGUGUCUCGUGUGUGGAAAGUACUUCCAAGGCCGCGGACGUGGAUCGUGGGCGUACCGCCACGCUGUGGGCGACAACCACCGCGUGUGGCUCAACCUCGAGACUGAAAAGUUCUAUGUUUUGCCAGAGGGAUACCUCGUCUCCGACCCGUCCCUCAAGGACGUUCUUGCGGUCCUCAACCCUCGGUACGAUGUGGCGUCGCUGGCAAAGCUGUCCGACCUCCGUUCGCCCAGCUACACCCUCACGCAGACACCUUACAUUCCGGGAUUCAUCGGCAUGAACAACAUCAAGAAGAACGACUACCUCAACGUCAUUGUCCAGAUGCUGCUGCAUGUCCCUCCCAUGCGUGACUACCUCCUCAACCCCAACACACCACAGCUCCAAGAAGCCGCACGCCCCACCGAGCUCGUGUCCCGUCUUGCCACACUGUGUCGUCGUUUGUGGAACCCGCGCUUGUUCAAGGCUCAGGUGUCGCCCCACGACUUUUUCCAAGAGGUCACUAAGCGCAGUAAUGGCAAGUUCAAGACGACCGAGCAAGGAGACCCCGUCGAGUUCCUGGGAUGGCUCGUCAACACCCUGCACCGCGACCUGGGUGGCUCCAAGAAGCGCAACUCGAGCAUCAUCUACUCGACCUUCCAGGGCAAAGUCCAGAUCGAGACCCAGCAGGUCAUCAUCCACAAGGACUACUCUCGUCCUGUGUUUGAUCUUUCAAGAGAAAUCCAGACAGUCUCGUCUCCUUUCCUCUUCCUCGCCCUUGACCUGCCUCCCACGCCCUUGUUCCAAGAUCUGAAUGAAAAGAAGAUCAUCCCCCAGGUUGCUCUUUCGACCAUUCUUGCCAAGUUUGACGGCAAGACGACGCAGGAGUUUGGCCCCACGCUCAAGCGCCACCACCUCAGCGCACUCCCUCCCUACGUUAUUCUCCACAUUAAGCGUUUCACCAAGAACAACUUUGUCGAGGAGAAGAACCCCACCAUUGUCAACUUUCCCAUGCGUGGCGUGGAAAUGGGUCCUUACGUGGACCCCAAGCCAUCGGACCCCAUAUACACGGCAUACGACCUGCUCUCGAACGUUACCAUUGACACGACCGUGGCGUCUACUACUUCGGGUGGCCAGUCGGGCAAGCGUGAUGCCUCGGAAGAGGGCCAGACGACAUGGAAGAUCCACCAGCGGUGCGGACGCGGUGGCGGCGACGACGAAAAGUGGUUUGAGAUGCAGGACCUUCGCGUCGAGGAGGUGCGCAAGGAGAUGGUCUUCCUCGGCGAGACUGUCAUUCAGGUCUGGGAGAGGCGCGACUUGUCAACUCCCAGGGCCUAG